CCAGCCGCCACCGCGGACACCGGAGCGCACAGCGCAAAGCCGGAGUAAAACCCUAGCUAUGUCCGCCGCCGCCGCCGCCGCCGGCGCAGGCCCCCUCGUCACGGCGGCGUUACUCCUCCUCCCCCUCCGCCUCCUCUCGCUUUCCUUCGGCCUCCGCCUCCCCACCUUCCCACCCGUCGCCCCGGCCCGCCGCUCCGCCGCGGCGCUGUUGACCGUUGCGGCGCUCCUCACCGUCACAUGCGCCAUGCCCGACGCGGGAUCCAGCUCCGCCCCCGACGCCGAGGCCCUCCGGUCGGAGAUCAGCGAGCUCAGGCUCAAGCUCGCGCGGCUAGAAUCUAUUUUGGAGGAAAACACAAAAACUUCGAGGAGUAAAGCCUACACUUUGGAGGAGGGAAACAAACCCACUGAGGCAAUGGAAACUGACAACCAGCUUUUAAGGAAUGAAGAAUCUUACUCUGGAAGCAACAUAUAUAUAAUGGAGGAUGAGGCGCAAAUCCUGCAGCAAGAGGUCAGAAAGAUAAACAACAUUGCAUACACCAUAGAAUCACUGGCAAUUGAUGCUGAGAAAAGGGUAGAGUUCCUGAGUUCGGAAGUCAAAAAGAUUGAGAGUAUAAUUACAGAGCAAUGGAUCCAGAUACGGCAAUUUGAACAAGCAUUUGUGGUGACAAAGAUGAUGACUUCGAAAGUUCAUAAAAGGAGGUUCUCUGAGGGUGCCUACAAGUGGUCUGGAAAGGACAUACUUCUGAAGUAUGUCAGGAAUGUUGAUCUACAUGGCAUGUUUCUUGCGGGGGUAUCGCACACAAGGACCUGUAUUUCUCAUACUUAUAAACACUGCAAGAGUUUCAUACAAGUAAUGAAGAGAUGCUACCAUAAGGCUUCCAAGUUCCACAAAGCGAUACAGUACCAGUGCUCUCCUGAUGUUGAUGUGCCUAAUGCCUUCUUCUUGGGUGGAUCCAUCUCAAGAUCGUGCAUUUCUCUUCCUUAUAAGCAAUUCAAGAUAUCCAUUUCAUCAGCACAACAAAUUCACUAUAAGUUGUGGAAGGACUUAAACGACUGAAGAUAAAGCUUGUGGCCUUGCUCCUCCUUAUUUCCAGUGGUGGCAUGGUAGGCAACCAAUAAAGCGGUGCCGAGAUCCGGAGUGGCUCCUUCCUGCUCUCCCCUCUGGAUCUCUGAAGAUGGAGUUGAAGCAGACAUGUUCCAGGGAGGAAUAGGAAGAGAUCCCUUUAGAUCUUCAUACUUCUCUGAGGCAUAUCUGGUGUCCCCCUGAUACUGCUCCCUCACCUUCUUUCCCUUGCCCCGGUCUCCUCUUCGUCCUCUCCUAGUGGCACCAGGGUGGUGCUGGAUUUGUAGUGUUGAAUCAGGCCUCUUUGGAUCUGCUGCAUGGUUUCGAUUCCUCUGUAUGGCACCAGUUUCCCGUUCUUGCACUGGCGAUAUUUUCCUUGUGCUUCUUCUGCGUUGGUGUGAAGGGGGUCUUAGCUGGCAAACAUAGUGUGCAGUGGCCGCCGCCAGCCAUCUCAACCUCCUUCACUGGAGGCCUACUUGUUAGCCUCUGGGCUUGGCCUUUCUUUCUGUGUUGUGUCUUCCGGUGAUGCAUCGGCUGCCACAGGACGAUCACUGCCCAUUUCAGGGGCUCUUCUUUCCAGUACAUGAGGAUUUCCUGCAUGUUGGCAUCAGUGAGCUUUUAUCACUUCUGUUCAGGAGGAUGACAAGGCAUUGUCUCGUCCAUCAAAAGGUUCAGGCUGGCCUGAAUCUCAUCUCCAGCGAGAAUGAGAAGCGGCAUGUCCAGCCAAAAGAAAUGUAUUUGUCAACUCAAAGGGGAUUGUAAUUGUUCUUUUGAUAAUAUAGGGCAUGACCUUUUCUUACAAGGGACAAAACAUGAUAACCUGAGAAAGGAUCAAGCAUUCCACCUGAAAAUGUAGAUACUAACAUGAUUUUAGUGUUAUGAAUGGAGGCCUCUUCAUUCUGUAGAAAUUGUACUUACAGUGGUAAUUUAUAGUUGAUAAAAUUUUGUCUACUCGACGUUGAAAGGAAUAUAUCUGGAAUACGUUUUGUCUCCAGUUCAUCGGUUGUAGUUCUAGAACUGUAUGUAGGUUACGAGCUAGACAUUCGUGUUGUGCACUUGCUACAGUAUGAUCUGGAAACAUUCACUCGUUAUAU